CAUAUAGGUAGUUUGUUGUUGUUGUCAAGUAAUUACGUUUUGUUUGUUAGUUUCAAUUAAAAUGAGUGUUUUGCGAGAAAAAAGGGACAGUAUAACAAGUAAACCUUUACCUCACAUUGAAUCUAAAAUUAUUUCACCAGAAGAUGUUUUAAAGUUAACAAAAAUCACUGAAACAUACUUAUGUGAUCCAGACGCCAAUAUAUACGAUAUCGACUUCACCAGGUUCAAAAUACGGGAUUUGGAAAGUGGAGCUAUUCUUUUUGAGAUUGCUAAACCUCUGCCAGAAAAUAUUGAUGACAGUCUUGACAAGAAUAUUGAAAAUGAGGAAUUGAUUGAUCCCAAUUCUGGGCGAUUUGUGCGGUAUCAAUUUACACCACAGUUUUUGAAAUUGAAAACAGUGGGCGCAACGGUCGAAUUCACUGUUGGGAGUAAACCUGUUAAUAGAUUCCGCAUGAUAGAACGUCACUUUUUCAGGGACAAACUACUUAAAACUUUUGACUUUGAAUUUGGUUUUUGCAUACCAUUUUCAAGAAACACGUGCGAGCACAUAUAUGAAUUCCCAACGCUACCUGCAGAUCUUGUAAAUGAAAUGAUUGCAUCUCCUUUUGAAACGAGAUCCGAUUCAUUCUACUUUGUUGACGAUUGUCUUAUAAUGCACAAUAAGGCUGACUAUGCCUAUAAUGGUGGUAUGUCUACAUAACUAUAAAGCAGAAAAAGCAGGGUCUGAUAAUACAAUAAUUUUACCAAAUUUUGACGUUGAAAAUGUAUUUACACAAAAAUGUUAACAGUCAGAAAAAGUUGUUUUUUCAUCUGAAUUGAUCCCAUUCAGUGUUUUACACAGUUUUGAGCACAAACACUUGAUAGCUUUAGAGAAAUGUAUCAUAAUCACAUGAUGCGUGCUUGAGACAAAGAGAGCAAGACAAUUUUUGAAAAAUAAUUGCAGAGCUUGUAUUGAAAAUAAAUUUAAGAGAAAUUAGCAUCGUCUGCAAAACCAAACAUUUACUUAUACCUACAUACAGAAAAUAUGUUUUUAUCCUAUCAUCUGUACAGAAACUGAUGAAAAUUAAAGUAGUCAUAUUUUUUUCAUUGAAACAUGGCUCGUACUAUUUUUUUGACAAAAAAAUUUUUGCACGAAAUUUGCGAAAUUGGGAUUAUUUUCCCCAAGAUAUUGAAAAGGAAUAAUAUACAAUAUGGUAUUUUUUUUAUUCAAAAGAUAAUUUUUUUUCGUAGUUAUAACUAUUUAAAUAUGAUUUGAU